ACCAAAAGAAGGCUGAGGUGGGGCCAGGACCAGGAGGGGAAGGUGGGCGGAAGGAAGAGCCGGCCUUCAGCAGCUGAGCCCCGGGGUGGGUCUGGAGCCUCCGGACGGCAGUGCCCAGCAGGCAGCGCCCAGCAUCCCUGCUCCGGCCUCCCAGGGCCUGGGCAGCAGAACGGCAGGCAUGCACAUCCCGGAAAGCCUCCAGGACCUGGCCGACAGUGAAGCCGUGCAGUUUCUCAAGAGGCCAAAGACGAUCGCGCGGAUCUUCGCAGGGGUCUUCUCCCUCAUCGUCUUCUCCUCCCUGCUGACUGAUGGCUACCAGAACAAGACCAACUCUUCGCAGCUCCACUGCGUCCUCAACAGCAGCAACACGGGCUGCAGCUUCGCUGUGGGAGCCGGCCUCCUGGCCUUCCUCAGCUGCCUGGCCUUCCUCGCCCUGGACGCCCAUGAGGGCCGCAUCGCCAGCAGCCGCUUCAAGAUGGCCUUCCAGCUCCUGGACUUCAUCCUGGCCGCCCUCUGGGCAGGCAUUUGGUCCGUGGGAUUCUGCUUCCUGGCCAACCAGUGGCAGCGUUCGCCGCCUGGACAAUUCCUCCUGGGGAGCAGCAGCGUCAAGGCCGCCAUCACCUUCGCUUUCUUCUCCAUCCUCGUCUGGACACUCCAGGCCUACCUGGCCCUCCAGGACCUCCGAAAUGAUGCUCCAGUGCCCUACAGGCGCUCCCUGGACGAGGGCGGCGUGGCGCUGACCUCCCUCUCCCCGCCGUCCACCGCCAGCCCUGUCAACACGCCCCCCACCGGUCCCCACAGCCUGAGCUACACCAGCUCUGCCCUGUCCCCCCAUCUGACCACUCCGAAGGCCCCCCGCCUCACUAUGAUGCCCGCCAACUAG